UUUUGUAGUUCACACACUUCCGGAAAAAGAUGGGCGCGUUGUUUGGUUAGAUGGCUUUUAUGCUGUGCAUUGUGAAUCGUGCUGUUUUUUUUGGUAGGAAACCACUUCAGAGUUAAAACAUUAAUUAUGUGAAGCGUGUAAGUUAUUAUUUAUCAUUACCAAAUUUCUUAUUGGCUCUAAGCACUCUCCAUUCAGGGCUGGUACGUGCAGAAAUGGGCAAACGUUACUACUGCGAUUACUGUAACCGUUCGUUUCAGGACAACCUGCACAACCGCAAGAAACAUUUGAAUGGCACGCAACAUCAUCGGGCUAAGAAAGCAUGGUUCGACUCUUUCAGAGAUGCAGCUACAAUUUUGGCAGAAGAACAAACUAAAAACCCUUGUCGAAGGUUUCAACAGACAGGUCAAUGUAUUUUCGGUUCCAACUGUAGAUUUUCUCAUAUGACUGACUGUGACAUUGAAAGAUUAAAACUGCAAGUUGAUGCAGAAAAGAGAGCCCGAGAAGGAUUUUUCGAUUCACGAAAGACUCCUGAGAGAAGCAUCGAAGACUGGUUAGCAAAGAGAAAAAGGAAGAAUGAAGCAACAGACAGAAGCAGCAUCCUUAAAGUGGAGGCAGUUGACAGUCUGUUAGCAAGUCCUUUACCGCCUCAUUUUCUGUCAAUACCGGAUCUCCCAGCUUCCUUAUUGCCUCCACCGCCAAAUGGCUGGCUGAAGAUCACUGUCACCGAAUGGGGCUAACUAACCUUGCUUUUCUCUCAGUGCCACGGACAUCAUCCACAACAAUUACUUGAUCCCAUUGAUGUUUUGGAAUGCUCACAUUUUUAUUACGGGUUCAGUGGCUUAGAUUGCUAGAGACUUUUGAACUUUCAUCAUUUGUCUUGGAGAAUGGCUGGAAAUAAAAAGGCAGAUAUUUUUUUCCAGCCUCUUUAAAAAUAAAGAAACUGAAUUCAGCAAUGCAGUGACAGAAAGGGAACGCCGGCUGUUUGAAUUGAAGGGGGCAGCGUUUUCAGUGGCCUGCUAUGAGGAUACCUCUGCAUGAUCCCCAUAUUAUUAACAAAGCAUUUCUGCUGCAGAAAAUGUAUGCCACAUUUCAUCAGACACCUUCACUUCAACGUUACAACUUGACAGCAAAGCCUUUUCCAGAUGUCAGCAGAAGGGGGCGGGGGGGGAGGGCUUCCUUGGCUUGGGGCAUCAUGUGCAGUGCUUGUCAUCCUGCAACUCUCGACAAUAAAGUUCUAAAAUGUA